ACGCCAGUGGAACCAUGGCUAAAGGAGGUAUGAAAAUGGCUCAUGACAUCCUGGCUGCGGUUUUUUCUCCCGGGGGCCAGGUUGCCAUAGCAGCAACUCAUUUCGACAUUAUCAUGUACUCGUUUGAUGCCUGGAGUUACGCUUCCAUGGAGAACUACAGGCUGUACAAACAAAACACCAGAAACACUGCGUCACCCCGGUUCUGGAGUCCUCAAGAGGCAGGCAAUGAUAGAGAAAACGCCUGCCAGCCUUGAGGAGGCGCUGAACUGGGCAUUGCGUUGGGGAGCAGGAGGCCCAACGAAUCUGCUGAAGGCUCUCGAUGUUUCUUUUAGUCGGAGCUUUUGUGAUUGCAUAUAUCUUCUCACUGAUGGAAAGCCAGACAAGCCUGUUCUGGUGAUGCAACAAAUCAAGAAGCUUCUAAAGAUGCAAGGCGCUGUCACCCCCCUGUACACAGUUGGAUUGGGAACGACGAAGUAUGGAGAACGUUUCCUGCAGAGGAUCUCCGAGCUAACUGGAGGCGUUGUAAGACAUGUCGACCGGAAUUGGGCAACAAAACCGCCGCCAGUGUCAGGGGUGGCUCUGGAAGACAUGCUGUGGGCUAAAUCCAUCAUAGAAGGCGAGCAACGGAGGAACAUCGUUCGUGGUAUAGUUGAGACGAUACACGACCUUGAGGAGAAAGUGAGGCUACGUUACGACAAGGAAAGAAACGCACCUCGGCUAGCAGCUUAUCAGAAGAAUCAGAAGAAAAUGGAGGAAGACUACGAGGCGCUUAUAAAGUCAAUUGACGAAGAGAACGAAGCAUUGCUAGCGGCUGCAAAGAGGAAGUACGAGGACGGCUGCAAAGAUAUCAUUGCAAGGAACAUGGUGCUGCACGACUUUGCCAGGGAGAAGUGGUUGGAGGAGUGCCGGCGUGUCGAGCAGCUGAAUCAACGCGCUGUAGAAGAAAUCGAGAAAUGGAAGCGCCAGGUGAAGCACAUUGACGAAGAGAACGCAAGGCUGGCAGCCGAGGCCAAAAAGCAGUACGAGAAGGACGUGAAAUGGGUGGAGGAAAUGAACGCGCUCAGUCUGAAGCGAGCAAUGGAAGAGUACGAGGCCGAUUGUCUCAAGAAGAAAACAGCAUUCGAGUUUAAAGUCAAGGAGACCGAGAGGCAACAAAAGGAGAUGGAAGAGACAGUCGCGACCAGGAACAGGAUCAACCAGGAGAACCACGCAAAAAUGGUGGCCGAGAUCACUCAGACGAACAAAGAAACAACAGAGAAAGCUCACGCGGAUCACGCAGCGAGGGUGGCGUACAUCGAGUCGGAAAACGCGCGCAUCAAAAAGGAGUCGGAGGACGCAUUCCAGAGCACCUACGACAAAGUAAAGCUGGAAAACGCUCGACGAGUAGCGGCUCUCAAACAGAAGAUCCAAGACCUCAAAGAGAACAAGGAGAAGACGCUGUCGACUUACAAAGCAGAGCUCGCAGCAGCCAUGGCGGAGCACGAGGCACAGUCCAAGAAGUUUGCCAAGCUCAACCAGGAGACCGAGGAGCGCGCAAGGGCGAACUGGAAGCUGGCGUGCGAGGCAGUGGCUGCCGAGAACAUGGCGAUUGCAAAGGCCGCAGUGGAGGAGUACGAGCGGCAAUCCAAGUUCGUUCACGAGCAGAACAUGAGGCGAGCCAGUCAGAUAGCAGCAAUGCUCAAGAAAAAGGCGGAGGUGGAAGCUCAAAACGAGGAGGUGACGAGGGUGAAGAAGAUCCAGUGGAAGGCGGCCUGCGCACAGGCGGAGGUCGACUACGAGAUGGAUGUAACACGGGCGAAAGAAGAACACGAGAUGCUCUCGCUGGAGGUGAAUGCCAAGAACUCGGAGGCUUUCCAGGAGGCUCUGCUGGAACACAAGGCAAAGGUGGCGGCGGUGAAGAGCUACAACGAGACUAUCCGCCCGUUUGUGGAGGCGUCCAUCCUCGUCAAGGCGGAGAUAGCACGCGUGGAGAAGUUCAUUCGCUACAUCGGCAAUGCGUGCCUGGAUCCAAACCGCAAGUCCACGGACACGGCGUCGGAUCUAAACGUGCUGGGGAAGUCCGAGCAGGGAAUGGAGACCAAGAUCUUGGUGGAGGCGCUGCAGGAGGCUUACAGUACCAAGCGCGAGGGUGGUGACUACGUCCAGAGGCCCAGUUUCUACUCGGGCAAGGACUUCUCCGGGAUGAUACCGAUCCAUCCGCCUCGAGCACCACAGCACCACUGCCCGGACUUGGAUGGCCACGUCCGGUUGAAGGAGCUGGAACUGGAGAGGUUGAGGCUCGAACUAGAGGAGAUCAAAGCCGAAGAGGAAGCCAAGAUAUCCAAAGAGAAGGACAAGCCGCUCUUCAGAUUCUAA